GAGUUCUUUUUUUUGAAUUGCGAGUCGCCUCUCGGGGGGGACUCGGCGUGUGCGCCUCUGCGAAGGCGGUUGGCGGUCCGACGUGCGUCUCUCGUGAAACGUCCUUCGAGUGUGUCACGUUCGGUGUUUUUUUUUUUUUUGUUUUUUUACGUCACUCACAAGACAGUGAAGGGACCUCUGAUGUGAAAAAAAAAAUCGUUGCACGCGGGUGUCGCUACCGCUACCCCCCUCACCCAAGAGAUGGCGGGCGUCGUGGAAUUGUUGAUACUCCUGGGCUUGCUCUACUGGUUCUUUUACCCCACGGCCAACAGCAUGGUGGACGCGGUGAGCGCCCGCAUCCACGAGGUGUACGAGUCGUGGAACCCCCGCGGCCCGCCCUCCGACAACAACAAGAUGCCCUGCCUGACCCUGAACGCCCUGAAGCGCUACGGCCACCACUACCGCCAGGCGAAGCGGCUCCAGCAGAAGGACCUCCUGAAGCAGGUCCAGCAGCACAUCAACCUGAAGGAGACGCGCUGGGAGGACCCGUUCCCCCCGCCCAAGGCGCGCCCCUUCACGGGCCUCUGCUGCAAGACCUGCACCCCCAGCAGCCGGGACUUCCUGGCGGACAAAGUCUCGCGGAACCUCAACGUGCGCAAUGUACUCCUGGUGGACGCCCAGAACUGCCGAAACGGCUUCCUCACGCGCAAGUUCUGCUACCUGGCGACCGUCUGGAACCUGAGGAAGCACGACUUCCCCGACGUGUCUGCAACCGUACUGAGAGAUGAGAGACUGAAGCAAGCCAUAGAGGCUGCAGUGCAAGAAGAUAUGCACGAGGCGAAGAAGACCAGCGACGAAGACUUGAUCGCUCUCAGGAGCUACCACAGCAGCAGAGCUCAGAAGAUACUGGACCGGAUGCGCUCUAAGAUGUCCAACUUCCUGCUGAAGCUGACGUCGUGGGUGCUGUACAAGCUGCUGCCGUGCUUCAUGAGCUCGGUGGUGGCCCACCCCGCGCACAUCCGCAUGCUGAAGGAGGCCGGCGAGAGCAACCUGCCGCUCGUGUUCGUGCCCCUGCACCGCAGUCACCUCGACUACAUCCUCAUCUCCUUCGUCCUGCUGAUCAACAACAUCCGACCCCCGCUCGUCGCGGCCGGCGACAACCUGCGCAUCCCCGUCUUCGGGUGGUUGUUGCUGGGGCUGGGGGCGUUCUUCAUCAAGCGGCGCAUGGACCCGGUGCAGGGCCGGCGCGACACCGUCUACCGGGCGGUGCUGCACACCUACAUGAUGGAGUGCCUCCGGGCCGGCCACAACAUGGAGUUCUUCAUCGAGGGAGGACGCACCCGCACGGGAAAGACCUGCAUGCCGAAGGGCGGCCUGCUGAGCAUCAUCGUGGACGCCUUCCUCGACGGGACGAUCGAGGACGCGCUGCUCGUCCCGGUGAGCGUCAACUACGAGCGGCUGGUGGACGGCAACUUCGUGCGGGAGCAGCUGGGGCAGCCCAAGAGGAUGGAGACGUUCGGCAGCGCCCUCAAGGCCAUCUGGUCCGUCCUCAACUCCAACCACGGCAUCAUGAGGAUAGACUUCAACCAGCCGUUCUCGCUCAGGGAGCUGGUGCGGUCGGCGGGCGUGGCCCGGCCCCAGCCCUCGGCGGGGCUGCCCCCCCCGCCCCCACUCCCGGGGGGCCAGCAGGCGCUCGUCUCCCGCAGGAACCUGCACUCUGCGCCGUCCAGCGCGUCGCUGUACGGCACGGACGUGGUGGCGGAGGACCAGCGCCAGCUUGUGGAUGGGAUCGCGCGCCACAUCGUCUACGACUGCACGCGGGCGCAGGCGGUGAUGUCGACCAACGCGGUGGCCUUCCUGCUGCUGAGCAGGUUCCGGGGCGGGGCUACCCUGGGGCGGCUCGCGGCGGCCCUGGACGAGCUACGCAAGGAGCUGGACUGGGGCGGGCGCGACACCGGCUUCACCGGGGAGUCCCUGGACGUCGUCAACCACGCCGUCGAGCUGCUGGGCCCCGGGCUGGUGCGUCGCGAGCGGCCGGUCGACGGCGCGACGGCGACCGUCACAAUCACGCCCGUCACCAUGCUGCCCAACGUCAUAGAGCUGUCCUACUACAGCAACGCCGUCACGUCACACUACGUCAUCGACUCCGUCCUGGCGACGGCGCUGUACCCCACGCUGCGGGACGCGCUGGGCGGCAUCGCGGAGACGGGCGGGCGGCGCGUGGCGGUCUCCCACGACUCCCUCCUCGCGCUCUGCCACGAGCUGUUCGACGUGCUGCAGUUCGAGUUCGUGUUCUGCAAGCCGUGCCAAGAGCUGGGAUCCCUCGUGGCGGAGGCCAUCGACGGCCUGCGCGCCAAGGAGAUCCUCUGCCUCCCGGAGCAGGAGUAUCUCACGGAGCAGGAGCAGUGGAGCCAGAGGUACGCGAGGAACCUCGAGGAGGAGUGCUGCAGCUCCGACGAGUCGGAGGCCGGCUUCAAGAUGCCGGAGUACAACGUGGUGAUGGACGGCGAGGCGGCCGCCCACCUGGAGUUCCUGCACCGCGUGCUGCGGCCGCUGGUGGACGCCUACGUGGUGGCGGGCCUGGCGCUGGGGCGGCUGGUGGGCCGCGAGCUGGCCGAGCGCGACCUGCUGCUCGACGUGCUGGCCGAGAUGAAGACCCAGCUCGACGCGGGAUUCAUCUCCUGCGGGGAGAGCAUGUGCGUGGACCCGGUGAGGAACGCGCUGAAGCUGUUCGAGUGCUGGGGCGUGCUGCAGUGCCACUCGCACGGCGGCGUCAAGCUCUACUACCUCCACCGCGACUACGACAGCGACGAGCGCGUGGCGCAGGUGUUCCGCAAGCUGGGCCGGUUCAAGCACGCCGCCCGGCGCGCGCUGUGACACGCCCCCCCCCCCCCCCCCCCACCAUCCCUUCCCCUUCCCCCUCGCCCCGGCACGGCGUCCGAGACCCGCAGUGCGUCAAGCAAAACUGGCCCAGUGGCGUGCUUCAUUAGUCUGGAGAAGUAUAAACCGGAAUACGCCAUUUGAUCGACGAGUACAAAUUUUAUUGUCGUUUCGUUCCCUCGAUUUGGCUUUGUUAAAAGCGGAGUUCGUGCGUAAUUUAGUGGUAAUUUUCUGAAUUUUUAUAUGACUGGCUGCUGCAUUUAGUAUUGAAUUUAAUUUCAGAAUGACAACUACAAUAUGAAAAAUGUUAUACGGCCUACGAAAAUUUCUUCACGUACGUUCUAUUCCUUGGUCAAAACCAGUAUAGAAUUUUUUUUGGUUUCUGCAUGUCCCCUCUCCAAAAUUAUGUGUUUUGAUUAUUGAGAUAUUUUCAGUUUUGUGUUGGUUUUUAAAUUAAACGUACAGAACUGAAAACUGCUCAGCAGUACGAUUAAAAAAGGUUUUUCAAGUUUUAUUAAUUAGUUUGACUUAAUUAUUUAGAAUUCCUAAGGGCAUAUUUUCGGUUUUUGCUAUGCCAUGUGUAGCAAAUUGCAGUAUCUUCGCCACAACUUGUAAUUUUUAUUUUACUAUUACGUAUGAUAAGCACAUGCACGAUAUUGCCAAUUUCUCGAGGAAUGGUUUGGACAUCAAUAAUUUAAUCUGGUUAAACUAGGCCUUCAUACCUUGGCUGAAAGACGGUAGUGUAACUGCUGCUAUAGCAGCUGCUGAAACGUUGUGUGGGUCCUGUGCUUUUAACUGCUACGAGUCUGCUAGUGUCCGAGACUAUGACAGUGAAAAAUAUUUAUCUGCGAGACUAGAUGCGGCAGUAACCAGUAAACCUUCAUGGAGGCGGCAAGUUGGUCGUCUGCUCAAACAUGAUUGCCCGCAGAAACAGUUGGCUGCGUUUUGCCUGCCGGGAAGAAUGGCAGAGAGGCAAACAUCGGUACGCCUUCGCUUGUGGAACGUGAACUUUAUGUGGAAACAGAGUAGAAAAUCUAGAGAUACUGGUUGGAUUGUUUUCCACACAGUGUAAUGUUAAAGGUAAUAAUUAUCAUGUAUUUUUAUAAGCUGAAGACAUUUAGAUUUUAAGUAAGAACUUGUUGUGGCAUUGCUCAUUUUAUUCCUGUUCCUUGUACUGUACUUGUGUGCUAUUCAAAACUCAAGACAAACAUGUUCAUAAAGCAUUGAAGCCCUGAAGAAAUAACAGGAAAAAGGUUAAUGGUUAAGAAAUUUAAUCUUGUUCUGAAAGUUGGCCAUUGUAUUUCUCAUAAAUUUUUAAAACUUUAUUUUUCAAGCUUUGUAUUUGUGUCUUGGAAUAUUCAUGUCAAUUAAAUUUUUAAAUACAGUUUGCCAUCUGAGAGUGAAUACAAUGCUGGCAAGCGAAAUGUCAUGUGUGAUUUGUUGUCCAUUGUACGUGUUAAGAGAUGUUGCAGAAUAUACUUGAUUCUAAGAUGCAACUUUUUUUAAUAUCCACGUGCACACUCAUCAUACAAGGAAAGCAUAUACCGUAGUUUCUGGCUUCUGUAUAAUGUGAUGCUACUUUCAUAUCAUCCCAUGAAAUGGUAGUACAUAUAAUACUUUAUGAAUUAUACUUGAAUUAAAUGAAUUCUCACUUUUAAAGUGUAUACAUAUACAUACACAUACACAUGUUAAGUUUUGAAGGUUUUUUUUUUUUACUCACAAGGGAGUGAAGAACAUGCUCAAAGGUUGUAAUAAGAGCUGGGCGGGAUAGGAAAUUUGGGUUUGGGAAAAUUUUGGACGGGGAAAUAAAAUUUCCCACUGUAAACGGGAUGGGAUCAGUAAUUACUCGGGGUUACAAAUUAAAACAAAUAUGCAUACUAUUUCAAAGAGAAAAUGUCUUUUUUUUUUUUUUUUAUGUAAGCUAGUAAUUAUACAUUGAAAUAGGCAGGUAAUUUAUGAGAUCUGCAAAAUAAGACUAAAUUACCCUUUUUUUUUUUUUACCUUUAUGUUAACUGUAAAAUUAAAACAAAAAAGUCCAAGUGGCUUUAUAGUGAUGAAAUUAGCUCAUGUUUACAAAAGAUUUCCACUCAAUUCUGGCACUUUUAAUUACUUUUACGUUUGUUUAUGUUGCUUAAAAAGCAACAUCUAUAGAGUCCUAGAAAAUGCAAAUAAGGUGGUACUACUGUCUGAACAUGAUGAUAGAUCUACAUAUCAUAACCAUAGAUUUAAAACAUCUUUCAACGACCAUGUUCAUUUCUUGUCCCGAGUUUUCAUUGAUGUAUUACAUGGUCAUAGCCAAUUUUGUCAAAAAUCCCCCCCCCCCCCCCCCC